ACUUGCACACGUUUGCGAAAUGAACAAAAAUCGAAACACAGAAGAACUUGAUCUUGAUUUAUGAUUGUAAACGACUUGUUGAUGAUUAUCACCGACAACAAAUUGAAUAAAAUAGUGAGUUUAUCGCGUUGAAGUACACUUACUUUAAUAGAAAGAACUACAGUUAGGAAACCCGGAAGUGCAGAAGCUGUAUUUUGGACAGGAGAACUUGCAAAGAUGAGAGUUGUGUGGAGCUCAUGGCUCAGUUUGAGGAGACUCAGUUAUAUGUUUUCUGUAGGCUCAGGCACACGCACCCUCACCUCAGCCAGCAUGCGUCUGAUCCAGUUCUGCAGACGGGGAGCCGAGGGAAACGUGAGGGUUGGUGUGGAGAGGGAGAACGGUGUCGUCGACUUGAAGGCGUUUGAUCAGUCCAUGCCGUCCACCAUGAGAGAGUUCUUGGAACUGGGAGAGAAGGGCAUGGAGUGCGCCCAGAGAGCCGAGUCCAGUGGCAAGUGUGUGCUCCCUCACUCCGAUAUCCAGCUCCUGUCUCCAGUCACCGGCCCAGACAAGGUGGUGUGUGUGGGUAUGAACUACAGAGACCACUGCCUGGAGCAGAACGUCCCCAUCCCCACUGAGCCCAUCAUCUUCAACAAGUUCCCCUCCUCCAUCACGGGCCCCUACGACAACAUCCACCUGCCAAACAAGAGCCAGGAGGUGGACUGGGAAGUGGAGCUUGCCUUUGUGAUUGGAAAAAAAGGAAAGCACAUAAAGGAAGAGGACGCUCUCCGUCACGUUGCCGGCUUCACCGUAGCCAACGAUGUCAGCGCUCGUGACUGGCAGAUGGAGAAAAACAGCAAGCAGUGGCUUCUGGGAAAAACAUUCGACACAUUCUGUCCACUAGGGCCUGCCCUUGUUACCACAGAAGCGCUGAAGGACGUCCACAACCUGGGGAUCCGGUGCCUGGUUAACGGUGACGUAGUUCAGGACAGCAACACCAAUCAGCUGAUCUUUAAGACGGAGAAGCUGGUGGCGUGGGUCUCGCAGUUUGCGACUCUGUGCCCAGGCGACGUGUUUCUAACAGGCACUCCUCCAGGGGUGGGUGCGUUCAGAAAGCCACCCGUCUUUCUAAAGAAAGGAGACGUCGUGGAGUGUCAGAUUGAGGAGAUCGGGUCCAUCCGAAACACAGUGGUGUGAUUCCAACAUGGUCGACUGACUUUAUCUGAGCUACAUGGAUGAAAAAAUUACUGAUUCACAUUUUCACUGUUGCAAUGCUUCAAUGUCUAAGAUGCUUCUGAAAUUUUAAUCUGAAUCAUGUGCACUACAAAUGAUUUGCCCACAGGUCAGCUGCUGUGAUUUUCCAGGAGAUGGCGCUCUGCUGAUUAUGUUUAGGGAGAAACAGUAGUUGUUUUUUUUUUUUUUUGCUUAAGGCAGGGUUUUUUGUCAUUAUUUCCAGAUUUUUCUGUGUUCUGGUUUGUUACUAAUUUUAAAUGUGUGGAAAACAAUGGAAAGUCUAACAACAAUGAUGUAGAACCUUCACUUCCUAAGUUUUACUUAGACAAGAGAAUAUCCAUAUGCAUCUCUAUGUUUUCCUACAGUUUCACUGUUCCUUUAAAUUCAAUACCAGUGCAUGGACCCAAUGAAACAAGAACAUUUUCAUAUCUGUGAAACUACUUAAAAUACUCAAAUAGCAUUGAGUAAAUAAAAUCUGAGAACUGA